ACAUAUGAUUACUCAAUUCGUAUUUAUUUUUUUCAUUAAUUGAGAGUAAAUGUUAUGUAAAGUAUAUUGCAUUUUUUUUUCUUUGGCAAUUAUUUGUUAGAUUUUAUUAAGUAGUACUUUUAUUAAGAAUGGAAUAUGCGGUAUAUAGUACGGAAUAUUGUAUAAUUAUUAAUGCAAAAUCAGAGAGUUUUGAUUGGAGCUUUAUAGUUGUGCAACAAUUGAAAUCGGUAUUGACAAAUAGGAUCGGAACUAAAUAAUGAUGAGAGGUAAACAGUUUUAGCCCGAGCGAGUUGGUUAUUGUGUUGUUGUCAGGAGUGAUAUUUGCAGGAGGUGGGGGCGCGUGGCCUUGGCCACUGCUCUGGGUAAUUCUGUCAAGGUCACUGACCUCGGUGGUGGGGGUAGCCAGCGGGCCAAUGGGAAGUGGCUCCGCCCCACCACCGAGGGGAGGUAGGGCAACGACCCUCCCCCACCCCGCUCCCCCUGAGCAUUGAACUUGCUGUUCGUCCUUUCACUCUCUCGCCGUAACCCGACCUGUGAGGUUCUGCCGAGGAGUGCGCCGUUAUAAAUCAUUGACAGUACAGUGCCGAAGUUUUAUUGUGCUAGUUGUGAAUGUGUUGAUAAGUAUGCUCUACGACAACAGGGUGCCUCAGCACCACUACCAGACAGCCACCCUCCCGCCUAGGGUUCCGGAUCAGUUCGUCCAAAGUGCCGACGCCCAGUUGAAUAUAGAAUUCGACGGAACGACAGUUCUGUGCCGCGUUUGCGGUGACAAAGCGUCCGGAUUCCACUAUGGUGUACACUCAUGCGAAGGAUGCAAGGUGUAUAUUUCGGAGGCCCAGAGCCACUGUACACUAAGGGGGCCAUUGACGCCAGCCGUCCUUGCCUCAGGUGAAAGGGGUUGUCCAGAUGGAUUUGCACAAUCCAAACUCGACAUCGUCCUACAGCGCCGUGGCACAGUUUCACAACUCAGCCUACUUACCUCCCGCGGGGCGUUGAACCCGCCAAAAAAGGCCAUUCCUCCCCUAAGUGGGGUCGUUGAACGGUCGACGAACUCGCCCCCCGCGAAAGUCCUUACACAACAAUCCCUCCUGGAUCAAUCUCUUCUCACUAAUUAG